AUGGACGGAAGAAACCGACGGCGUCAAUUUGGCGGCCCAUGCCACUGCCUUCGGCCACUGAUACGGCUCUGGGGCGUCGUGACAGCGAUUGUGGUCAGUGGCGUCGGGAUAGACAUAAUGGUGCACGGUUACACUGCAGGUGUUUAUAUUAUUGUUGCCUCCGUAGUUAUAUUCUUGCUGGAAAUCAAAUGGCUCUUCACACUGUUCAUCGUGCUGUGUACAAACAAUGACUACUCGUCCAGGUGCUACCAGUGCUGGAGCGUGUGCCGGUACUGUGGCGGUUGGCAUCUGACCUUUCCGUACGUGGCCUUAGGUAUAGCGCUCAUCGUGUGGCCCCAUCGGCUGUGGUUAAGCCACGUGGCAGGAGGGCUUUUAAUAGGACUGGCCAUGCUGCGGUUACUGACGGUGUGCAAGUUCCGACCGCACGGCAAGGACGAUGAGCUGCUGAACCACUUUGAUGAGCACGCUGACAAGUACGACAACUUAUCGGAUGUUUUGGUGGAUAACUCAAUGCCCGAACCGGGUCACAGUUUGGAGGGUACGGGCAAUGGUAACGGCAACGAAGAGGAUGAGGAGGAUGACGACUUGGCACUGAAUGGCGGUGGCAUGUGA